AUGGCAGGAAAAAGCAAAGAAAAGAUGGAAGGAGGAAGAAGAGGGAGGGCUUGUGUUGUAGUUUUGGGUGACAUUGGACGCAGCCCUAGAAUGCAGUACCAUGCCCUCUCACUCGCCAAUCAGGCUUCCCUAGAGGUUGACAUUGUUGCAUAUGGAGGCUCAGAGCCACAUACUGAACUUCUGGCCAACCCAUCUAUUCAUAUUCACCUAAUGAAGCAGUGGUCAACAGCUCGUCAAAGCUUACCGAAGAUACUUCAACCUUUCAUGCUUUUGUUGAAGCCCUUGUUUCAAAUUUUCACGCUUCUUUGGUACCUUUGUAUAAAGAUACCUUCUCCUGAUAUUUUUAUUGUCCAGAAUCCCCCAUCAGUUCCAACUCUGGUGGCAGUAAAAUGGGCUAGCUGGUUGAGGAAAUCAUCAUUUGUCAUAGAUUGGCAUAAUUUCGGAUAUACUUUACUUGGACUGUCCCUUGGAAGGAAUAGCCGUUUUGUCUCUUUAUACAAAUGGUUUGAGAAUCGUUAUGGGAAAAUGGCAGACGCUUCUCUCUGCGUAACAAAAGCAAUGCAGCAUGAAUUGGCUCAAAACUGGGGGAUUAAUGCUACAGUUUUGUACGAUCAACCUCCUGAUUUCUUUCAUCCAACUUCGCCGGAAGAAAGGCAUAAGUUGUUUUGCAGACUGAAUGAACACUUUUAUCAUCCUCUUGGUGUUAGAGAUUGUGUUAGUAAUGGAAGUUCGUUGACGAGUAGCCAAAUCCAAAAUGAGAGUGUAUUUACAACUGAGGUUGGUUCAGACAUAUAUUUGAAGCCAAACCGGCCCGCACUUGUUGUAAGCAGCACGAGCUGGACUCCCGAUGAAGAUUUUGGCAUUCUCUUAGAAGCUGCUUUAAUGUAUGACAGGCGUGUUGCAGCUAUAUUGAAUGAAGAUGAUUCACUAGAUGAGGAGGUUAUGUGGAAAGAAAUAUCUGAUGGAAAACAAUGUUUAUAUCCCAGAUUGUUAUUCGUCAUCACUGGUAAAGGUCCUGAAAAAGCAAAGUAUGAAGCUAAAAUAAAGACAUUGAAACUUAAACGUGUGGCAUUUCGCACCAUGUGGCUGACUGCAGAUGAUUAUCCAUUACUGCUAGGAUCAGCUGAUCUAGGUGUUUGUCUGCAUACUUCAUCAUCAGGAUUAGACCUUCCCAUGAAGGUUGUUGAUAUGUUUGGCUGUGGGCUGCCUGUUUGUGCUGUUUCAUACUCUUGCAUUAAAGAGCUGGUUAGCGUUGACAAAAAUGGUCUUCUCUUCUCUUCAUCUUCAGAGCUAGCUGAUGAACUUUUGACACUCUUCAAGGGAUUUCCCGUUGCGUGCGAUUCUUUGAAGGCUCUCAAAUCAGGUGCACUAGAUACUGGUUCUUCAUCAAGGUGGGUUACUGAAUGGGAAGAACAUGCAAAGCCACUAAUAACUGAGGUUAUAUCAAGAUUUUGA